GUAGCAUUUGGCGCAUUUUAGGAGGAGGGUGAAUUCCAUAGUCCGACAAGCACAUCUUUCGACCCUGUAUCAAUUGGAAAACACAUAUCUCUUGGUGGUUUUUUCCCAGCUUCUGGUUAUUUAUCCUUCUCGGGACUCUGUGAUCGCAUUAGUCAUGGUCGGACUUGCCAAACUCUCAACCCGUCUGCUAGCAGCCACCAAAGCAAUCUGGAGAGGUGGGAGCCCUUUUACCGCAGUCACGGCUAUGUGGCCGACAAAUGACGAGGGAAAAUACGUCAUCGAGGCCGAGGGGAUUCGGCUGGCGUUUACCAAUCAGGGUGCAGCCCUGGCCAAUUUGUUUAUGAAGGACGCCAAUGGUCAAGAGAUCGACAUAGCUUUGGGUCUAGAUCAUGCUGACCUAUACGCCGAGACCGACUUGAAUCCGUAUUUGAAUGGCAUAAUAGGACGGUAUGCUGGUUACAUGAGCGGUGCAGGCUACGAGGCCGACGGGACCAAGCACCAGGUCCGGGCCAAUGCGCAUGACGGAACUGCGAUACACAAUGGCGGCGCAGGGGGCUGGGGACGGAGCAAUUGGGAAGUGCCAUACCACGCAGACAACAGCAUUCUAUUCGUCAUGUUUGACCGCCAAAGGAAUGGAUUUCCUGGCCUAUUCGUAGGAUGCAUCACCCACACGGUCACGCCGUACGAGUGGCACAUCAGCUACGGUGUGACGCCGCUGCUCAUGCCGGGUGGCCCGCUCAACAUGGGACAGCAGGUCUUCUUCAACCUCGACGGACUGGGAACCAAGAAUGAGAAUGGGACUACGAACAGCACGGUUCUCGAUCACAAGCUCCACUUGCCCUUAUCAGGGUUACGAUUUGGCGUCAACGAACAAGGGAUCCCGACUGGUGACCUGCUGAGUAACAAGAAGGGCGGAGAGCAUGACUUCUGGUCGGAGGCGAGGCAAAUUGGUGAUGGCAUCACACAGAACCUUACCGCUGGUGCCGUCGCCUCCUUAUAUGACGAAACAUUCAUGCUCUCCCACAGACACUUGGAGGACGGACGCAGCAAGAAGGAAAAACCCGCAGCUAUCCUCUCGUCCGCCCGCUCGGGAAUCACGAUGGAGCUUUACACUGAUCAAGAUGCUCUUCAUGUCCAUACAUGGGAUGACAAGAAGGACGGUCCUUUGAAAGUUAAGCAUACCCAAGGCGAGGGUGAUGUCCCAAAUCAUGGUGCGAUUUCGCUAGAGCAAGGAGACUGGCCCAAUGGAGUCAAUCACCCCGAGUGGCUGAACAGGAAGACGCUGUGGGGUAACAAGGACAUAUACACGGGAUAUGUGGCCUACAAGUUCAAGGUGGACCGUAAAGGGUAGAUAGCGGUGACUUGUAUUUAGGUCAGCCGAACAGGCUUCAAAAUCCAGUAGAUAGUUACCCUACAUAUGCUAUACUGGACUACCACAAUCGGAGAAGAGAUGAAAUUAAGAUUCCUUUUUGUCGAAAUCAUUCAUGUUAGGAUAGCCUUAGCCAG